AUGGAGUCCGUCGCUUCCAACUCGCCCUCUUCGCCGCCGCCGCCGCCGCAUGCCCAUUCCCUUCCCCUCACCCACGUCGGCGAGCGCAUCCUCCGCGCGUUCGACCACCCACUCCGCCUCCUUCACCGCUCUGGCGCUGACUUUUUCGUCCUCGGCUCCACCGGCAACGUCUACCAGGUCACCCUCGCCGGCGCGCCUUCCUGCUCCUGCCCCGACCGCGUCGUUCCCUGCAAGCACAUCCUCUUCGUCCUCCUACGCGCCCUCGGCCUCCCCCUUGACGCCCCUUGCCUCUGGCGCCCCGCCAUCCUCCCCGACGAGCUCGCCCGCCUCUUGGCCACACCCACCGCCGCGGCCGCCGGUGUCUUGGCCGGCGCCCGCGCGCGCGAGCGCUUCCAGCAGUUACGAGGCGGAGAGCGGAGCGCGGGGGCGGACGAGAGGGCGGAGGUGGAAGAGGAGGAGGGGGCGGUAUGCCCCGUGUGCUUGGAUGAGAUGGGCAGGGGAGAUAAUCAGGGGUUGGUGAGGUGCGGGAGGUGCGGGAACGCGUUGCACGAGGAGUGCUGGGCGAGGUGGAGGCGGAGUCGAGGGCGGAGGAUGGCGAUCUGCGUGAUGUGCAGGGCGCGGUGGCGGAGGAGGGUCAGGGAGCAGGAUGCGUACGUUAACCUAUCGUCGUACGUGACCGAGGGCGAGUACACGGCGGCGGAGGAUGCAUCGUGCACUGGAUAA